UAUAAAAUUUUCGUCUACUUUGUUUACAUCGUGAUUUCCUGCGAGAAUGCGUAAGCUUUCAUCAUUUGUGAUUUAGACGAAAACCCGAGUUAAACUUCAGAUAAAUUCACGAUAAUUCCCCAAACCACUGAUCAACAUAUUUCUGCUUGAAGAUGGAAGUCAAAAUCGAUGGGUGUCGACUGUGCAUGAAAGAUCUAGGUAGCCCCAUCUGUCCCCUGGAAGAUCCGGAUCUUCAGCAACAAAUGAAAAGUGUUUUUUACUUCCCGAUUGAAGCAAAGCAAGGCUUAUCGAGCAGUGUUUGCUCAGCAUGCAUUUUUGUCAUUGAAGAGUUUUAUAAAUUUGCUGAAAACAUUCGACAAAAUCAAGACUACCUUAGUAUUGCGAUAUCCACUAACGUGAACAACUGUACGAAUAUGGUAUUGCAAAUUAAACAUGAACCAUUGGAUCUGAAAGUUGAAGACACGGAUCAAUUACUUGAACCCAAGCAGGAGAUCAUUAUAGAUAACGAUAAACAGAGCGAUGAACACGAUCUUGUAGAUAUCAAAAUUGAACCAUUAGAUUUGGAAAGUGACCGACCCAAUCCACUCUUAAAAUCACACGAGAUUACGGUAAAUGAUAAAGAUUGCCGCAGUGAUGUGGUCGUAUUAGACAACAGUAACCAAGAACCUCCUACAAACCAUCAAAAAUCUGCUCUGCAAAAGUCGAAAUCCAAAACUAAAGAACAAAUCCAGGAAACAGAAAAAGCAUUGAACGAUUUUUUUCGAAUGGUAUGCGAACUAUGCGGAUACGAAGCGCCAAGUUUUAAAUUAUUGUUGUGUCAUUUCAAGAAGAUCCACUGCCAACCCGGUUAUGUAGUCUGUUGUGGAGAGAAAUUAUAUCUGGAGUUCACGUUAAAGUUGCAUAUGCAGAAUCAUAUGAACCCUGAUGGGGAGCUUUGUGAAAUUUGCAACAAACGCUUUAGAAAAAUAUCAAUACACCGAAGAAUGGUUCACUCGAAAGAGGGAAAAAAGAUUUUGUGCGACAAAUGUCCGAAAGCCUUUGUAAACAUGUACUCGCUUGAUAACCAUAUGAAGAAGCAUCAACCUAAAACGCAUCAGAAUAUUCCAUGCCCACAGUGCGAUAUGAAGCUUGCGAGCAAAAAUUCGCUUAGAGCCCACAUUUUCCACAUGCACUGCGUUGAGAGGCCACGGAUGAUUUGCGACUUUUGUGGAAAACAGUUUCUCAAUAAACCGUGUUUUGAUAGACAUGUUAACAAACACAAGGGAAUAGAACCCCAAAUAGCAUACCGAAAAAUUCAAUGCCACAUUUGUAAAAAAAUGUUACAUGCUGAGCCAGCACUAAAAAGACACUUGAAGCUUGUUCACGCCGAAACAACGGAAACGCACGAAUGUGAUGAAUGUCACCAAAAGUAUCCGAAUUCUGUUGCAUUACAGUCACACAAAGCAAGGGUGCAUAUCAAAGCCAAAUUCAAAUGCGAGUUCUGCGAAAAACUGUUCAAGAAUAACUUUAAGCUCCAGGAGCAUCGAGCAACCCACUUUGGAGAGCGUCUCUGGAAGUGCGAAUACUGUGAAACAGCUUUAAAGACCAAAAGUAGCCUCUGGUCCCAUGUCAAAAAACAACACCCAGCGGAACAUGCCGAACAGAAACGCCUAGCAGCAGAGAAAGCGUGUAGCUAAAGCAUUAAAAUCCAAUGCAUGAAAUCAAAUGAAUCAGUAAGAGCAAGUCCAAUGGUAUUGGGAAAAGGUGGUAUAAAUUUUGACAGCUGCAGCACGGAUGGGAAUUUAUCUAUCGUGAAAAUAGACCAAAAAUGUUGGCCUUCCACCGCACACAGGGGUAAAACAUGAAAAAGG